AUGCUAAAAAUAACCGGCGUCCCCACAAGUGUUUCUGGUGGUGACGGAGUACUAGCUCUUGUCGAAUUGGAUAGAAGCGACACAGAGGAUGACGUAGAACUGGUAGCCGUGGAUGCGCUGGCUGUGAAUAAACUAGUCGAUGAAGAGCUUGCGUUUGGAGUUGGCAGUGACGACAUGAACGACGAUGGCGAGGUGGUCAUGGACACGCUGGCCAUAGCUGAACUGCCUGAGACUGAGAUUGUACCCGAUACGGUCGAUCCAGUUGAGAAACUUUGA